AUAUAUAUAUAAGCAUCAUCUGUCUCUCCCUGUUUUUCAUGGCUAAUGUCAGUAGCUCCAUUGAGUCAGAGCCUAGGACCUUAAAAGAAGAGCAGCUCAACCUUGCCAGGGAAGUAGCUGCUGAUGUUGUUCAAAACCUAGAGCCACAUGAAGCCACAAUCAUAUUCAUCGAGAGAAUGAGACCAGCUGGUGGUUCAAUCCAAAAGAUGAAGCAAAAAAGUGAAGAAGAAGAAGUUGGUCAUGGCAAGUUGAAAGAAAAGAGAGAGAUUAUUGAAAUACCUUGUCAGUGCACAUGCACAUGCACUCCUACAACUAUCAUCACUACAGAAUCUCUGGAACAAAAUCAGCUUGGGGAACCUCUUUCAGCUCCAUUUUGAGAAAAUUAUAUUGGAAUAAUGUUUGAAACAUAGACUCAAUUAUUGUAUGAUAUAAAAUGUCCCUUAUUGGUUUGUUUUUAUGGAAAAUCAAUAUUGGAAUUAUUGGUUUCAAAUAAGUACGAGAGAUUCCUGUAAAUUUGUUUGUUGGUCUGUAAUUGGUAUAAUAAAAGCCUCUUAUGCA